UUGACAUUCUCAAGGCCUGGAUUUUGUUUGGUCUCAUCUCAGAAUGAAGUCAAUAGCCAAGACACUGAUUCUGUGCUUGGCCUUGACUAUAGCUCAGUGCUUUCAAGGGACACCGCAAGACAAUACUAUUCCCCCAGCAGCCGAACCAGAGGAAGGCUCUUCUGAUUGGGGAAUAGGGACCAUCCGGGAUGGCUUUGAAGCAGUGAAUAGCUAUUUCGAUUCCUUCUUGGAGCUGCUUGGAGGGAAAAAUGGAGUCUGUCAAUACCGGUGUAGAUAUGGAAAAGCACCACUGCCCAGACCAGAUUACAAGGCUCCAGAGCCUAAUGGUUGCAGUUCCUAUUUCCUGGGUCUCAAGGUACCCGAAAGCCUGGAUCUGGGCAUCCCAGCCAUGACCAAAUGCUGCAACCAGCUGGAUAUCUGUUAUGACACUUGCGGCGCCAAUAAAUACCGGUGCGACGCCAAAUUUCGCUGGUGUUUGCAUUCAAUCUGCUCUGACCUCAAGCGUAGCCUUGGCUUCGUCUCCAAAGUGGAAGCAUGUGAAUCAGUAGCUGACACAGUAUUCAACACUGUCUGGACUCUGGGCUGCCGCCCCUUCAUGAACAGCCAGAGAAGUGCCUGCAUUUGUAACGAAGACGAACGGGAUGAACUGUGAGAUGAGUCCCCUAAGCUGUCCAGCUGGGAGGAUGCUGGCUUCUUGUGUCUCUUGCUCUGAAGAAGCUUGCUCAUCUAGUCACUGAACAUGGACAUAGUUGAUUGCAGAGUGGUUAGGGAAGCAGAUCAUUGCAACCAGCAGAUGCAUUAAUUGCAGCUUGUAGGGCAGGACUGACUGAGAGGGGAAGGCAGAGCUGGAUGCUGCUGCGGCCCAACAGUCUGAUAAUUUCCAUCUCUCUCUCAGCAUAUCUAGACUUAACAGCCCUGUAUGAAAAGGUGUGUGUGUGUGUGUGUGAACAUUUCAUACAUGAGAACAGAUUAAGACACUGCAGUGCAGUCAGAUCCCAUAGUCAACGUGUACAGUAAACCUCUUGCCAUCACAAGGCACUUAUGCCACUACAACUUUUCAAGUGGUGCCAGACCACUCAAGUUUCCCUCACUUCCUGUGCCAGUUUGGGGAAGGGGUUGUGGCUCGGUGGUAGAGCAGUUUCGUGGCAUACAGAAGGUCCCAGGUUCAAUCCCUGGUUGCUCCAGUUAAGGGUAUCAGGUAGUAGGAGAUGUUUAAAACCACUGCUUCAGACUCUGAAUAGACCAUACUGGCUUUGAUGGACCAGUGUUCUGAUCCAGUAUAACGUGGCUUCAUGAGUUCAAACCCUGGAUCACAAGGUGGGGAACAGUGUCACCAGUCCUGGACUUCAGAUGCACAGCAGCCCAUUGGUUGAGGGAGUUUACUUUGGUACAAAGAGGGAAAGAACAAUAGUACCACAAUCCAUAUUAGUUUUUGGCAUUGCCCUUAGUUUUAUUCCCAAUAAGUUUUUACUCCACUGUGAAAGAAACAACAGAUAUAUCACCUAAGAAAGGAGGAGAGAAAGAAGCAAACAGAGCGGAAGAAGAAUUUAUAAUGCAGGUGGUUAUGAAACCUACUUUUAUUAAGUUCAAAACAACAUCAGAGGUUGCUGGAGAAACAUUUUUUACUCUCUGUUCUAGCUAUGAAGAGUUACUAUUAUUGUACAGUGUGAGGAGUUACAUAAAGUAUAUCGAUUUUUAUAAUCCUUCUUCCGAGGUAUAAUAUUCUCCAGAUCUUUGUUUCAAAAAGUUGCUCAUCCAAAUCUCAAGGUCUGCAAACAUUUUGCCUGGUGUCAUCUUAUGAAAAAAACAACAACAACAACGGGAUACCAUUCCUAAACAGGACCUGCUGCAAAUCUUUGUUAUCUGACUCCUGGUUAUCAGAAAUUCUGCUUAUUGCACUGCAGUAACAUUUUGUGUUUCCCAACCAUUUGCAUUAUAUGUGCCUGGUAAUGUUGGUAUUUUGCUACUUCUCUGUGUUGAUACUUCUGUGUUCCCAUAAAAUAAACACAUCUCCCUUUUUUC